AUGGACCCUGAAACAAUUUACAACCAGGUUCACAACCGCUACAGCGCCUCAGCGCUUACCUCCACUUCUGGGAAUCGCGCAAAUGUACCGUACAUCCCCACAAGCUCGAACCUUGGCCUCAGCUGUGGUAAUCCACUAGCAAUCGCUAGCUUACAGGAGGGCGAGACCGUCAUCGAUCUAGGAUGUGAUGCAGGCUUCGAUGUCUUCCUCGCUGCAAAAAAUUGCUCGCCUCAGGUGUCUACUCGUUCCCAGCUGCGAGAGGCGAUGAGAAACAUUCAGUUGUCCAGACCCAGGCCUUGGCCAGGAACCUAUGCUGUGCACAAGCCAUUCAUGCUUUCUUCAUCGGCCCAGUAUGCUUUGAUUUCGACGAAUGCGAUGAAAUGUACCCAUAACACGUGGCCUCCAGUCGAGCCGGCUCCCAUACAAUCCGGUAAUGGACAAGAAUUGAAACAGAGGCAGGGAGGAAACGCUCUGGUUAAGCGAGAGCCUGACAACGGAGUCGCUGCAGACAAUCGUCAAAAGAGAGUAUUCAUUCAACUUGGAAAUAUCGACACCGGUGGUAAAAUAGGCCAUUGGACUCGUUCGGCUGCAGGUGUCAUGAUUUCAAUUGCUAGAACGGCUUUGUGCACCGUCACUGUCUAUGUUCAAAACUACGCUACAAACGCCGUGAUAUGGUACCUCAGAGACGUUACUACAGGAUACAAUAGUCAACAAUUCACUACCGCUCCUGGCACGACAUCAGAUGUUUACACAUUCCCCCAAGUGGUUGUCAAAGCUGGCGAUAAGUGUUCCAUUAUGUAUCAUUAG